AUGUCGAUAGGCGACGAGCUCGAAAAACGCAGGGCUGAUAUCGAGACAUCAUUGAAGGCCAUCAACUCAUACCUGAAAAUCUACGCAGGGACCCAAAUCGGCGGCGAUGCCCUUGUAUACAUCUACCGAACCGACCAUCUCAUGGAGAGAAUCAUCGACCCGGCUAAAGGUUGGAGCAGAGAUGGGUUAUCCAGACGCACCGUAGCUGCCAAGCUCCUCGAUGACAUGGAGCACGAUCUCGACACGAUUAAGCCGGAACCAAUUCAGCGUACUCCGGCGAUGGAUCAAAAUUAUUGGACAUGGGACGCAGGCCGUAAGCAAUGGUAUCACUACGAUAGCGCAGACCGAACGUUCAAGUAUUCUGGCGGAUUGUGGCUGAGACUAGACGGAUCAAAGACGAGCCACGAAAAGGAGACCGAGUUAUUGAAGGCUCACAACCUGGCAGCUCAACGUCCACAGGGCUGCCAGGAUAGUAAUCUCUCGACUACAGCUUCGUUGGACCCGGUCCCAAUCGACCGAGGUGAGGACGCAGGACUGAAGUGA